GCAACACAGAGCCUGAUGCACGGCUCAAACCCACAAAGCCAUGAGAUCAUGACCUGAGCCUAACCAAGAGUUGGACACUUAACCGGCUAAGCCACCCAGGUGCCCCCAGCUCAAUAAAUGUUAAAGUCUGUAGACACUUAUGCAUCUGUCACCUAGAUCAAGGUAGAAACUGUCCCCAGCUCCUCCAAGAGGCCACUUUGUGCCCCCUCCAGUUGAUAUCCCCCCCCCCACAUAACCACUAAUUUGAUUUAUAUCACCAAGGAUUCUUUUUGCUUCUUGAAUGUAGACAACUUUUAAGAGAUUUUGUUGAUGGCUGGGCUCAGAUUUUGUAGACAGAUAAUGUUUUAAUGGUGAGGGGAAGUGGGCAACUGGGGCUUGGACUCUGUGGGGUAGCAAAUCCUGAGCCCAGUUUUCCUGGGUGCUGUGCUUGUGCUGUCUCCAAGGACUGCAUGACUGAGACUUACUUCCCUGAACCUCAGUUUCCCUACCUGAAAUUUGAUCCUUUUCCCCUAACAUUUCCUUUGGGUUGUAGUAAGAACGGAGGGAUUCAUCAGAAGCAGUGAAACCUGGGGUUGUCCAGAUCUCUUAAUGCCUGCCUGGAGUCUAGAGCUCAAGUCACCAGGGAUGGGCGGAGCUAGAAUCUGGGAGGCUCAGGAGUGCAGCCUGCCCAGCUGUGUUUAAGCGACUCACCUGACAACGGGGUGAGCCUGACAACGGGGUGAGCUGGUCUUCUGGAGUCUCCUCUGCUGUCUGCGUCUUGAGGCCACUAUGGCACUGCUCAGGAUCCUGACGCUUCUGCUUGCUCUGACUGUCUCUGAACUCCACUGCCUGCCCUGGUUCAUAAAUGUCUCUGAGAGCCAGGGACCCGGCACGAUCCUUCAGUCCUUCUCCUUCAACUGCACUUCUCACAUGCCCACCCUGCAGUUGGUCCAUGUGCAGCCACCCACCACCUUCUUCAACCCACCCAGCCUGACCAGGUGGCAGGGGAUCUAUGUGGGCAUGGUGACCUUAAGCAGCUCGGCCCGGCUGGAUGCUCUAUCGGUGAAUCACUAUAAGCUGCAGCUGCGGUUCACAUGCGGCAACCAUGUGAUGGAGGGACCACUCUCUGUGGAUGUGCGGCGGGACCCUGGUCAUAGUGCAUGUGCUGGCCGAUUUGCCAGCCCAGCUGGAGAAAUCAUUCAGGUUCUGGAAACAGUCACACCUGGGGCCAGACUGUACACUCUGCUGCUGCCAGGCCUGGAAGUCCAGCGUGCCCAGAUAAAUAUCAUCAGUGCCCAGGACCCUCCAUACUUUCCUGGACCUUUCUCCAUCAAUGGUCAAGGUUGGCUGCUGGUGCCAUCCCAGGGCCUCAAAGGCCAGGCUGAAAAGGUCUUCCAGCUUCAGAUUUUGGUGACUUUUGGACAAAAUCGAAGCUGCCUUGGGAUGCUCAAAGUGAAAGUUUUGCCUGUUCCCUCCAGCCUGAUCUCUUUCCUGAAGCAAGCCUCGAAUAUCACCAUCCUGGAGGACCUGCCCCCCGGGGGUAAGGUGGUUCAGGUCCGGGCCCGGGGCUUCGACGUGCGCUACGAAAUCCUCUCCCCGGUGCCCUGCCCCCUCUUCUCCAUCGGACGUGCCGACGGUGUGAUUCGCACCACCGCGCCUCUGGAGUUAGCGCAGGCCGCGGGCGCGGCGGUCACUAGACUGCGAGUGAAGGCCUACGAACGGCUCAGGCCGUGGGCCAGCGUGGAGCUCGAGCUCACGGUGAACGUGCGCUCGGUCAACCGCUGGCCUCCGCGCUGCCUCCCAGCGAUGCUGGUGACUCAAAUCCCCGAGACCACGCCGGUGGGCACCGUGCUGAACACCUUCACUUGUGCUGAUCCAGACUCUCCCGGCUCCAUCCUCGACUACCAGCUGCAGUUCCACAGCCCUCCUGGCUCAGCUAGCCUCUGCCUUCGAGACAGGGUCCUGGAGGUGAAUGCCACACUGGACUGUGAUGCUCGUGGGGCCUGCUUUCAGCAUGCAGCCUCCAUCCUGGUGCUCGAUGGUGGUCAGCCCCUGAUGACCACUGAAGUGCCAGUACUGGUGAUGGUGACUCCUGUGAACGAGUUCUCCCCAGCCUGUGUCCCACACAAGUUCCGGAUCCGGGAAGAUGCAGGGCCCCACACUCUGCUGGGCUCUGUGGUGGGCAUGGACAAGGAUUACCCACACAACAACAUUGAAUACUACAUCUCUGGCGGGCCUACCAUCUUUUCUGUGGACCGUCUCAGUGGGGAGGUUCAUCUCCUGGGAUCUUUGGACUAUGAGCUGCAGACAUUAUACAGGCUCAAUGUCCUGCUGAUUGACUAUGGCCAAGACCAGGACCCCACUCACCACCGCUCUGGUUCCUGUACAAUUACCAUUGAGGUUGAGGAUGUGAACGACCAUGCCCCGGAAUGUCAGCCUCCAUUUCAGGAACUCACCAUCUACGCUCUCCUGGGCCAUAGUGUGGAGGUGACCAAGGUGUCAUGUUGGGUUCCUCAGGAGCCACAGCGUCUGGCCUUCUCCUACAGCAUUGUGGGAGGGAAUAGUCAGAGCCGAUUCAGCCUGCAAGGAGCCACCCUGGUGUACAACAACAUCUUGUUGGGGCCUCUCUGGCCAGAGCAGUUCUAUACUUAUGAGCUGUUGAUCCGUGUGGCCGAUGCAGGUCCCUCCAUCCCCCACCUCAGUACCACAGCCACCGUCAGUGUGCAUCUAAUUCCCUGGAGCGCCAGCACAGUGGCCACCCGCACCCACAGAUCCACAGUGCCUUCAGUGAUGACACCCCUGCUUGUGACCGACACAGAGGCUUUCUGGCAGCCGGAGCCCUGGUUUGUGGUGGUGCUGACAGUGACCAGCGCCCUCUUUGUCUUGGCUCUGGGCUGGCUCCUCCUCAGGCUCUUCCAGGGGUUGGUCCAGAUGCAUCAGACACCAAGCAAACCAGCCCAGGCUUUGCUACUAAACGGCAUCCAGGGAACUGAGGAGUCCAUUCAGGGGUUCAUGGAGGCACCGAGAAUGGAGAUGUCCCAGGCACCCAGCAGUGUCGACCUGAGCUUGCAGCACUUUGAUGGCAGAGCACAGGACUCCCGUGAGUCCCCCUUUUCCCAAACUACUCUUCACCUGGGUCCACUUUCUAUCCUUACCCCAUCUCAGCGUCUCCUCCUACCACCAGGCAUCCACUAUCUACUCUUUCCCUGAAUGGGGUCUGUUCUCACUCCAAUGUUUCUCAAACAUCUGUUGGGCCAGAAGGUGACUCAGACCUGGUCUGGUUCCUGCCCAUGGCAGAAGCGGUGGUGAGGGGAAAGGCCCCCAGAUAUUACAUUGUCAUCAGUGAUUUAUGGCAGAUUAAUCUGGCACUGGGCUUAGGGAAGCUGGUGUUCAGUUUGGGGAAAUCAAGGAUGCUUCCUGUGCAUUUGAGCUAGACCUCACAGGAUUGCUGAGAAAGGAGGGAAGGGACAAGUUGGAUCAAGCAGAAGGAGGGUCUCACCAAGGGUUCUGGAAUGUCUUCCCCUACCUUUAAGGGAAGGAGGCUGUUCUGCUGAGUCCAGCAGUGCCCUCUCUCCCUCCUGACCGUUUGAACUCAGGCACAGGCAGAGAUUACCUGUUCAACACGCUCACAGGAGCCCGGCGCUGGCUCUGAAGCCAAGAAGCUGCUUCACUGUUUGUGGAAUUUUUUCUUCCCAUGAUCAUGCUGCUGAGUUUUUAAGUUGAUUCAAUAAUAAACAAAAUUACAAAAGAA